UCAAAAUCAACCUUCUGACAACGAACUGCAAACUGGCCUAUUCUUGAAGAGAUUCUUUUCAACUGGCAACAAAAUAUUGAGAGGCAAGGAGGACUUCUAACUGGGGAAAUUCUCUAUGAGAAGGCAAGAGAAAUCUGGUGUCAAAUUCCUCAGUACAAAAAUAUUCCUUCUCCAGAGUUCAGUACUGGCUGGCUUGCUGGCUUUAAAAAGCGCUAUAAUCUCUACAAGAACACUCAACACAGCGAGGCAUCCUCUGUAGUCUGUACCAAGUACAGCAGCUGAAGAAAUGAAGGCUGUACAAACACUGGCUGGAGAAUAUGAGGAGGAUAAUAUCUACAAUAUGGAUGAGACUGGCCUGUUCUGGCGACAAGCUCCUUCCUCAGGCUUGUCAACACGAAAUCACCCUGGAAUCAAGAAAGAUAAGAGCUGGAUUACUCUAGUAGCCUGUGUCAAUUCUACAGGUUCAGAUCGCCUGCCAAUAUGGUUCAUUGGUAAUGCUAAAACACCACGGUCUCUUCGUGGAUUGAAUAUCAAAGCUCUUGGUGGUGUUUGGCAAGCAAAUAAGAAGGCCUGGAUGACAACAGUUAUUAUAAGAGUGGCUUUUAUCUUUCUACUCUCAUAUUGGGAGUAGAUCAGUUUUGCUCUUGAUGGAUAACUUCUUGCCUCAUAUAUGUUAGGGGCCAGGCCCGGAGACACUAAUGACUAGUUUG